CUUCUCUAACGCAGAUCAUUGCACAGGCCUAUGGUCUGGGGGACGUGUCCUGAAUACGUGCUGUACACUGGUAUUCGUAUUUUAUCCUAGCUAAUUCAGAUGCGAAAUACCGCUCCCCUUUCUCGUUAAGUGUCUGGUACGUCAGUCUAUACUUACAAUGGCUGCUGCUAAAGGAAAUGGCGAUGCAGUCAUUACAACAGACAAGGACUGGAACGCUGAUUUAAUGUGCAAGCUAACCGGAAUGCUGACGGAGGCAAACUUCAGUGAUCUAAAACAAAUCUUUUGUAUGACUGACAGAGUACCUCGCAGGGAAAUUGAGAAAAUCAGAAGAUUUAUUCAGUUUUGGGACUUGCUGGAACGACUUGACCACAUAAGUGUUGGCAGAUAUGAUGUCUUGAUCAAGGCACUCGAGCUGCUAUGUCGCAACGAUUGCAUCAGAGUAAUCAAGGAAUACACUCAGAAAAUAGAGGAGUAUCGUCAACAACAGUCAUCAAUUCGUACCCUAUCCAGUGGUGCAGAAGGUCCAGUCACGUCCUAUUCGGCACCUGUAGCAAGGCCACCUGAACCAGCACGAACACAGGCUCGAUAUAAAGCGCCACCAUCUGCUGAUAUCAAUAAACUUGAUCAGGCACCUGUAGCAAGGCCACCUGAACCAGCACGAACACAGGCUCGAUAUAUAGCGCCACCAUGUGCUGACAUCAAUAAACUUGAUCAGAACGGAAUGACACCUCUCAUGAGCGCUGUUUCUGAGAAUGAAGUCAGUCGUGUAAGAAGGUUGAUCGAUGCAGGAGCUGAUGUCAAUAUAAAACCACAUUAUGGCAAGACGGCACUUAUACUCGCCUGCGAUGAGGGUCACAAGGAAGUCGUAGCAGAACUAAUCAAAGCGGGCGCUGACAUGAACAUCAGAGAUGAGGAUGGCAGGACGGCACUCAUGUACGCCUGCUAUGAUGGUCACAAGGAAGUCGUAGCAGAACUGAUCAAAGCGGACGCUGACGUGAACAUCAUAUUUCUGCGUGGCGUGACGGCACUCAUGUACGCCUGCCUUGGGGGUCACAAGGAAGUCGUAGCAGACCUGAUCAAAGCGGGCGCUGACGUGAACAUCAGAAAUGAGUUUGGCUGGACGGCACUCAUGUACGCCUUCCCUGGGGGUCACAAGGAAGUCGUAGCAGACCUGAUCAAAGCGGGCGCUGACGUGAACAUCAGAAAUGAGUAUGGCAAGACGGCACUUAUACUCGCCUGCGAUGAGGGUCACAAGGAAGUCGUAGCAGAACUGAUCAAAGCGGGCGCUGACGUGAACAUCAGAGAUCGGGGUGGCAGGACGGCACUCAUGCACGCCUGCCUGAGGGAUCACAAGGAAGUCGUAGCAGAACUGAUCAAAGCGGGCGCUAAAGUGAACAUCAGAGAUCGGGAUCGCCAGACGGCACUCAUCACCGCCUGCCGUGAGGGUCACAAGGAAGUCGUAGCAGAACUGAUCAAAGCGGACGCUGGCGUGAACAUCAUAACUCUGGGUGACGAGACGGCACUCAUGCUCGCCUGCCCUGGGGGUCACAAGGAAGUCGUAGCAGACCUGAUCAAAGCGGGCGCUAAAGUGAACAUCAGAAAUCAGUAUGGCUUGACGGCACUCAUGCUCGCCUGCCCUGGGGGUCACAAGGAAGUCGUAGCAGACCUGAUCAAAGCGGGCGCUGACGUGAACAUCAGAGAUUGGAGGGGAAGAACUGCCCUAAUGUUGGCUGAAGACAGAGGACACAGAGAGGUAGCAGAGAUGCUGAAGAGAGCUGCUAAAAAUCCCUGCAAGAUCUCGUGAUAUUUGGUUGAUGGAUCGCACCGGUAUAUAUAAAACGUUCCUGACGAAAGGUUGGAAUGAAUUUACUAACUACAAUCCAACCUUCAGUCAGGAAUUGGCGGAGAUGCGCAAUGACGAGGCUUACUAUGGUAUCUUUAUUAUUUGAACUGUGUCCAGAAGCAAUUACGCUUAUAUACUCCGGAGUGAUAUGUGUCCAACAAGAUUGAUUCAUCUUGAUAGGGGACACGAUUCUGAAGUGUUCUACAACGAAACGAAACUGAGUGAGAUACGCUGUCUGCAGUCAGCGAAGACGCGAUGACGUCCAGCGCAGUGAAAAAAAGGAAGACGAAGAUUCCUCAAAGGGUCCACUCAAUAGUAUGUCGCUUUGCCUUGUCUGAACUGCUUAAGACUUUAUUCCUAUUACGUUUCAUUGUCGGUUGAUCGAAGUACAGCUUUUUUAUUUGAUGUCUUGUUAUUCAUCAGAAAGUGAUAGAAAGUAGCAAUUUUCACCCAUGAUUGUAUUAUGUGAUACCUUGGAUGACAAUUAUUGGCCAUUAUACUAAUUUGCAGUUAAUUAAUGAAAUAAGAUGUGCUAAUUUGAUGAUGAACCUUGGUCACCUAAGAUGCUUCGAGCUUUUUAUUGUUCUUUUUCUCCCCUACGCGUUCGUUCUGUCAUUGAAGGAGUUUUUCUCACUUGCCUUUUUUCAUGACAAAAACAUGAAAAAUUGCACUGCUAGCAAAACACGCAUGACGUCUAUUUGCCCUGCCGGUUUAGGCAUCGACCAUGUUGAAAGGUGUUUCGUGGGAGUCGGUUUAUCAAGAUUUACUCUGGUGAUCCUUUGAUAAGACUGUACAACGAUGAGAAUUUAGACCUGGGUGUGAGCGGGCUUUGAAGACAACAGACUGUGGAAUCGACUCGGCCUGAUUUCUUGUUGUUGCGAAGUAAGGGGCAAAUUAACGUGAUGCGCUUGAAAAGGCAUAAAAUUGCCAUUACUUGAUCAAUUCCGAUCAAAUGGCUCACUCUUGGUCAUGGUCUUGGUUUGACCUACUAAGUGAAAUCACCAAAGUUUUCUUUUUUGUGAUUUGGUGUAUUCCUCCUUCAUGGCUUACUGAACUUCUAGCGGUAUUGCCUCCGUUGCGUCGUCUGUAAGCUUAGCCAUGUCAUUACAUUGAGGGGUGAGAUGCCUUCAUGGCGGAAUGUGGUGUAUUCCUCCUUCAUGGCAUACUGAACUUCUAGCGGUAUUGCCUCCGUUGCGUCGUCUGUAAGCUUAGCCAUGUCAUUACAUUGAGGGUGAAGAUGCCUUCAUGGCGGAAUGAGCGUUGCUUUUAGAUAAGAUCAGCUUUGAAUCAUGCUCCAGGUGACUCAAUCUUUAUAGCAUAUGGUUUACAAAAUGUCUAUCCACCAAAAUCGUAAAAAUGCUCGCUCGUCAUGAGACAUUCAAUCCUAGUAAAAUUGCAAAUAUUGUGCUCCACUCCAACAAUUUCAAUGCAUACAUUAAAAGUGAAUGUAGAUUUUUUUAUCAUUGCACAGUAUGCAUAGCAAGUCACAUUUUACGGACAGUGUCAUGACCUAUGGGUUUUUCAACUCAUUGCAGUUUAUUGUAGGAUUAUUCAACAUGCAAUGAUGUGACCGCCAGAGAUCUUGUUUUGAAACAAAAGUGUAAAUUCACGUUUUUUUCUGCCUGGGGUAAUGUGAUUUUUCAGAUAGGCGUGGCCAAAGGUACUUGGCUGACCUCUUGUCACCUAACUGUAACAGUGUGAUCACAAAUAGCAAUGUGACACAGCCCUGGGCAGCCGGUGUCAUAGCUGACCGACUUUAGUUGACGCGGUGAGAGAGCGGCUUAUUAUAAACCGCGAGAUGCGGAAUGCGAAAUCGCGAGAUGCCAACCUCGGUGAGAGUAUAACCAUGCGCCUGAGGAUGUAUUGCAAAUAUGAAACCUGAAAAGGCGAACAUUCAUGAGACCGAGGCUGUAGUAGGGAGCUAUCCUCGUUGUGAUUGGCCCAUUGAAAUAGACUCCACUGUACAGAGGUUUAUAAUAAGCCUGAGAGAGCUAUACAUAAUGUACUCAGUUUCUUCAGUAUAGAGUUGUGCAACACCAGUUUCUUUCGGUAAAUGUUAUAUGGUCGCAUUCCUGAGUUCAACAGAGUACCUUUGGCCAGAACGAUGAGGAAACACUUUUCUAUCUUGGACUGAUCAUGUCUUUUCUUUUUUACGAAGUCUUUUUAGGUGUAGAUAAUUAUGUAUUCUUUAUUCGCUUGUAUUUUACUGUAUCAUGAAUGUACAUCGAAGUCUUUUUAGGUGUAGAUGAUAUGUAUUCUUUAUUCGCUUGUAUUUUACUGUAUCACGAAUGUGUGAACGAAAAUGUACAUCAUUCUCUUUUAUAGAGAUAAAUAAUUCUAAAAUCAUCAUUAUUAUCAUUAUCAUGAUGAUGAUUGGUGGUGAUGAUGAUGACGAUGAGAGAUUCAAGUACAUAUUCAGGUUAGCCUUACAAGUCGUUGAGGCAUCCUCUUGAGGACAACCUAUUAUAUUUCUCUUUGUAACAAAAGAGUGACGCAUCGCAUUUCAUGGUAAUUAUUCGUUAUAUACCAUUAAUUCAAUACCAAUUAGGAAAGACAUCGGUCCAAGGGACUAAUCAAUUGAUGUAUAGACAAAGUGACACUGUCCCAGUAUUCUGACUGCUCUCAAAUGACUGAUUUAGAAUUAACAGAAAUUACAGUAGAACCUCUCCAUUAAGGACAACCUCCGGACUGACAAGUGCUGUCCUUAAUAGAAAGGUGUCUUGAUUAGAGAGGUCAAAUAGACUAUAUAAA